AUGUCGAAUGUAACAAUAUUGGGAAAUGAAUCCAACGCAAUUUCGAAAUCGAAAUUGACGCGUAUUUAUCCUGAAAGUGAUGGAGAUGACAUAGUUAUAUCGGGCAUGGCUGGAAAGUUUCCCAAUUGCCAUAAUGUUGCCGAGUACGAACAUUGCCUCUACAAUAAGAUUGACAUGGUCGAUGAUGAUGAACGACGUUGGCGCCAUUUCAAUCCGGAAAUUCCAAAACGAUCGGGAAAAAUUCAUAACUUGGACAAGUUCGACGCCACCUUCUUUGGUGUACAUUUCAAGCAGGGCCAUACAAUGGAUCCCCAAACCAGAAUUCUAAUUGAAACCGCUUAUGAAGCUGUUAUCGAUGCCGGUGUUAACCCGAAAACCUUACGCGGUAGUAGAACUGGUGUAUUUGUCGGAGCUUGCAUUUCUGAAUCGGAGAAAACUUGGUUCUACGAAAAGGUGUCGUCGGGUGGUUUCGGUAUUACAGGAUGCAGUCGUGCUAUGAUGGCCAACCGCAUCUCAUACAGUCUGGGGUUGCAAGGGCCAUCGUUUUUGGUCGAUACCGCCUGUUCGAGUUCAAUGUAUGCUCUCGAUUGUGCCUUUAGUGCUAUCAGAAGCGGAGAAAUAGAUGCCGCCAUCAUAGGAGGUGCUAAUCUUUUGCUACAUCCAUACGUUACACUGCAAUUUGCUCGCCUCGGUGUUUUGGCUCCCAAUGGUUAUUGCCGACCAUUUGACAAGAACGCUUCGGGCUACACUCGCUCGGAGGCUAUUAAUUGUCUCUUUAUUCAGAAGAGGCGUGAUGCAAAACGUGUUUAUGCCACCGUUGUCUAUUCUAAGACCAACUGUGAUGGCUUCAAGCCCGAGGGCAUUACCUACCCUUCCGGCAAGGUGCAAGAGCAAUUGCUGCGAGAGUUUUACAACGAAACCGAUGUUACACCCAAUGACCUGGGGUAUUUAGAAGCGCACAGCACCGGUACUGUGGUCGGCGACCCCGAGGAAUGUCGUGCCAUCGACAAUGUCCUAUGCAGUCAGCGAGAGGAGCCACUAUUAGUUGGAUCGGUCAAAUCGAAUGUCGGCCACUCGGAAUCUGCUUCCGGUAUAUGUUCGCUGGUAAAGGCUUGCUUUGCAUUCGAAACCGGCAAAAUUGCACCGAACAUUAAUUUCGAAGAAGUUAAGCCCGAAAUAAACGCCCUGGCUGAAAGGCGUUUGGUUGUCGUCAAUGAGGUGAUGGAGUUGAAAAAGCCCUACAUUGGCAUAAAUUCAUUUGGAUUUGGCGGUGCCAACGCCCAUGCUGUCUUGAAGGCAUUCCACAAAGAAAAAAUUAAUAAAGGCCUACCCGAAGACGACAUUCCCCGUCUGGUCACAUGGGCUGGUAGGACGGAAGAAUCGGUCAAUGUGAUAUUCGAUGAACUGUUGAAGAGACCCCUGGACGCCGAAUACGUUUCACUACUGCAUAAUAUCCAAAAUGAAGAUGUCCCUGGUAUGGUGUUCCGUGGCUUCGGCGUAUUCAGUAAGAAUGGCUAUGAAGCUCCCAUUGUCGAAGUGAGAGAUGUACAGCACUACUCCGGUAUUAAGCGUCCGAUUGUUUGGGUUUUCAGCGGCAUGGGUUCGCAGUGGAGCCAGAUGGGAUCGUCACUAAUGAUUAUACCAAAGUUCCGCAAUACCAUCGAGAAAUGUCACAAUGCUUUACUUUCAAAGGGUUUGAAUCUGAUCGAGAUCUUAACAUCCGACGACCCCUCUGUCUUUGAUAAUAUUCUACAUUCUUUCGUUGGCAUUGCUGCUAUUCAAAUUGCCUUGGUCGAUGUGUUGCGUUCCUUGGGAAUGGAACCGGACUACAUAAUUGGACAUUCUGUUGGUGAGCUGGGCUGUGGUUAUGCCGACGGUGGAUUUACACCAGAACAAAUGAUCUUGGCAUCGUACUAUCGCGGCAAGGUCAGUUUGGACAUUGAAAAAAUAAAGGGCUCUAUGGCGGCUGUGGGUAUUGGUUAUAAGAAAAUCGUUGGUAUUCUGCCGCCAACAAUCGAGGUAGCAUGUCACAAUGGAGCCGACUCGUGCACCAUUUCCGGCCCAUCGGAAGACGUCGCUAAAUUUGUAUCCGAACUAAAAGCCAAAGAUAUUUUCGCUAAAGAAGUUCCAUGCUCGAACAUUGCAUACCAUUCACGUUAUAUUGCUCACAUGGGUCCCCAUCUCUUGAAGUACCUAAAAGAAAUCAUACCCGAUCCCAAACCGAGGUCUUCGAAAUGGCUUAGCUCCAGUGUGCCCAAAACGGAAUGGGACCAACCAGGCCGCAACCUAUGUUCAGCCGAAUACCACACGAACAACUUGCUAAACAGUGUCUUGUUUGAAGAAACCUUUGCACUUCUCCCCAAGGAUGCCCUUACUAUCGAAAUAGCUCCACAUGGCUUGCUGCAAGCUAUUCUGAAGCGUUCCAUGCCUAAGGGUGUCCACAUUCCUCUGACCCAACGUGGCAAUAAAAACAAUGGACUCUUCUUUUUGACUGCUCUGGGCAAGCUCUUCUCCAAUGGAUUAACAUUCCCCGUCUACAAUCUCUAUCCAAAGAUUGAGUUCCCGGUUUCAAGAGGUACACCCGGUAUCAGCUCGCUAGUACGCUGGGAUCACAGUGAAAAAUGGUUCGUCACAACGUAUGAGAACAUGAAAACCAAGUCAAGCGGAGAACGCCUGUACACAAUCAGUUUGUCUAGCGAUGACGAGGAGUUUAUAGGCGGUCACGUAAUCGAUGGUAAGAUUCUAAUACCGGCCACCUGCUAUCUGCAGUAUGUGUGGGAAACCUUUAGUCUCAUGUAUCAUGGACCAAGUUAUAUGGAUGUCCCCGUGGAAUUUGAGGAUGUUAAAUUUUUAAGAGCUACUCACAUGUCACCGAAUCAGAACGUCGAACUAACCGUGAUGAUCCAUUAUGGUACUGGUAAUUUUGAAAUUACAGAAUCGGGAACAUUAGUGGUAACAGGUCGCAUUAUCGAAAUUGAACGACCCACCAUUCCCAAGCCAGUUGAGAUUGUUACAGAAAGCGACUAUCCCAUGAUGUCGACUAGGGACUUCUACAAGGAACUCAGACUACGCGGUUAUCAUUACAACGGAGCAUUCCGAGCCGUGAAUGCCGCCCGCGGAGAUGGGCUUUACGGCAAAGUCGAGUGGAAGUACAAUUGGGUAACAUUCAUGGAUGCCAUGCUGCAAAUUCAGAUUUUGGGAACUGAUUCCCGAACACUGCUAUUGCCAACAAAAAUUCGAAAACUUCGUAUCUAUGGUGUGCAUCAUUUCGAAUUGAUGUCCAACAUGGAUCCGGAAAAUCGGGUCUUCGACGUGUACGUAGAUGCGAAGAACAAUCGUAUUGUUUCGGGUGGCAUUGAACUUAUUGGUGUGCAUGCCAGUCCAGUUCAACGCCGCCGUCCGCCAGGCAUUCCCGUUUUGGAGAAAUACCAAUUCCUGUCCCACUUCCCUUCGCCUGUUUUAUCAACAUCCGACGCCGUUCGUGCAUGUGUGCAAAUUGCUCUCGAAAAUACGCCGGCAUUAAAACUGAGGAUUGUCGAGGUGGACACUGACGGCCGUGACACACUGAUUACAAACUUUUUGGAUUCUAUUGAAGAUCUGCCUCAAGUAACCGGCGACUAUUUGCUAUUAUCGAAGAGGACAUUCCCGGAUUUGCACGCAUCCAUACAUGUGGAAGAUGGCAAACUGUCGUCAUUGACUAAUUAUAACUUCCUCAUAGUAGGAGGCCUGGGCGGAUUGGUGAACGAAUCCACAAUUAAAGCCGCGGGCAAAGCUCUGGUCGAUAGUGGCUACAUGGUGGUUCGAGAGCGCACCACAUCCAACAUCGACAGCUUGGUUAUUCCGGAUAAAUUUAAUCUCAUUGCUGCUAUGCCUUUGGACAACAACGAAGAAGUUAUCCUGCUGCUGCAGUAUAGACCGAUGAAGGUAAAUAUUGUCGAACCGGUUUUGAUAGAAGUUAGUGAAUCGGAUACCGAAUUCAAUUGGCUGACAAAAGUACAACAAGUGCUGCCCACAAAAGUGCCAGUUCUGCUUUACGCCACGAAUGUGAACGUGAAUGGCCUAAUUGGCCUAGUUAACUGUCUGCGCAAGGAGCCUGAUGGCUCCAUAGUCACGUGUUUCUUUGUGGAUGAUGAGAAUGCGCCUGAAUUUAGUCUUUCGGAUCCCUUCUAUGCCAAUCAGUACGCAUUGGGAUUGGCUGUAAAUGUGUAUCGUCAUGGUAAAUGGGGUACCUAUAGGCAUCUUCAACUUAGCUUGAAUGAAGUAGCGGGACCCAGAAAGGACCACAUAUUCGGUAAUGUGAUUCAACGAGGUGAUUUGUCGUCUUUGAGAUGGUUCGAGGGUCCCCUCAAUCCUGCCGAUUCUGAAAUUAAGAUCUCCUAUUCGUCAAUUAAUUUCCGUGAUGUCAUGCUUGCCACGGGUCGCCUGGCUGUGGAACUAUACGGUGCUGACCGCUUAAAUCAAAGCUGUGUGCUGGGUUUCGAAUAUUCCGGAAUACACAACAAGACCGGGAAACGUAUAAUGAGUAUGGUUGUGAAGGGUGGUGUGGCGUCUUAUGUGGAUAAACCGUCCAAGCUAAUAUGGGAAGUUCCGCCUCAAUGGUCGAUGAAAGAUGCCGCCACUGUCCCCGUGGUCUACAUUACCGUUUACUAUGCCUUCUUCAUGGCGACUGACAUCAGAAAGGGCAAGAGUAUAUUGAUUCAUGCCGGUACGGGUGGCAUAGGCUUAGCGGCUAUACGCGUCGCAUUGGCCUAUAACCUCGAGGUAUUCACCACAUGUAGUACACCGCAGAAAAAGAAAUUCCUAUUGGACACAUUCCCCCAACUAAAAGAAUCUCACAUUGGCAACUCUCGUGACACUUCCUUUGAGGAAAUGAUCCAACGUGAAACGAAUGGCAAGGGUGUGGACUUUGUUCUGAAUUCCCUUUCUGAAGAUAAGCUGUUAGCAUCUGUCCGUUGUUUGGGACAAUGUGGCCAUUUCUUGGAGAUUGGCAAAUUCGAUAUGGCCAACGACAGUAAAUUAGGUAUGAGCUGUUUCCUCAAGGAACUGACCUUCCAUGCUGUUUUGGCAGAUCGUUUGUUGUACGCUUCGGACGAAGAAAUUGCCCAUUUGAAACACCUAAUGGAUACGGACAUUGCCAAUGGUAUCAUUCAACCCCUACCCGCCACAGUUUUCCAGGCGCACGAAAUUGAGCAAGCAUUCCGUUAUAUGGUUGGUGGCAAACAUAUCGGUAAAGUGUUGGUUCAAGUUCGAGAAGAUCCAGAGUCCGAGUAUACCCUGCCCGUCAAAGUGCUGAAGCAGGUUUAUUUCAAGCCUGACCUUAGCUACAUCAUUCCUGGUGGUCUAGGAGGUUUUGGACUUGAGUUGGCAGAUUGGAUGGCGACACGUGGUGCCAAGAAAAUAGUAUUGAGUUCACGAAAUGGAUUAAGCAAGGACUAUCAGUCUUACAGAAUUGCUUUAUGGAAGACAUAUGGAUGUGAAGUCUGUGUUAAUACCGCAGAUAUAACAACUUAUGAGGGAUGUGUGAAGUUGCUUUCGGAAGCUGAAAAAUUAGGACCUGUCGGUGGUAUUUUCAACUUGGCUGUGGUAUUGCGCGAUGGAAUUUUUGAAAAUCAAACCAAAGAAAUGUUUGCGGAAUCCUUUGGACCCAAGGCAAUGGCGACCAAAUACUUGGAUGAACUUUCACGAAAACGGUGUCCUAAUCUCGAACACUUUGUAGUUUUCUCCAGUGUGUCCUGCGGUCGGGGCAAUGCCGGACAGACCAAUUACGGCAUGGCUAACUCGGUUAUGGAAAGAAUAAUUGAAAAGCGUGUUGAUGACGGCUAUCCGGGCAAGGCUAUACAGUGGGGCGCAGUGGGAGAGGUCGGCUUGGUCGCAGACAUGGCCGAAGAUAAGAUUGACAUGGAAAUCGGAGGUACACUGCAACAACGUAUCUCGUCAUGCUUACAAGAAUUGGAUACGCUACUAAGUGCACCCGAUGCCAUUGUGUCGAGCAUGGUGGUAGCUGAAAAGAGGGUUGGUCGAUCGGGUGGUGAGAACAUACUUGAAACAGUCAUGAACAUAAUGGGUAUUCGAGACAUAAAAUCCGUUUCCAUGGGCACCACACUAUCGGAGAUGGGUAUGGAUUCACUUAUGGCCGUUGAAAUAAAACAAACUCUGGAACGUGACUUCGAUUUGGUGUUGACACCGCAGGACUUAAGAUCCCUGACCUUCCAGAAAUUGGCUGAAUUCGAAGAAGCUCGCAAGCGCGAGGACACUGAAACUGUGAAAAUGAUAUUCACGUCGGACAGUCAAAAUUCUGGAAUUGAACUUUUGCUACGAAACUUGGGCGACGAAUCGCACUGCGACAAAGUCACAUUGUCUUUGGAAACAGCGGCCGAUGCUACGAGACUUCAAAUGCCACCAUGUAUUAUAAUACCUGGCCUGGAGGGCACUGCGGGCAUUUCAUGGUACAAGAUUGCCAGUGACCUGAAAACAAGAGCACUGCUCCUGCAACUACACAGCUUUGCCGAAAUGACAACCGUGGACGAAAUAGCCGAGGCCGCCUUUGACCACAUCAAACCGGUUCUGAAGGUCAAUGAACCAUUCUACAUGGUUGCAUAUUCGUUUGGAUCCUAUGUGGCACUGAAAUUGACUGUCUUGUUGGAAAAGGCGGGCUUCCGCGGUAAAUUAAUGUUGAUAGAUGGCGCCCCGCAUUUCCUUACCAAAUUGACACGUCUGCAUAUUGGUGAAAACUUUUCCGAUAUGGAAGUUUACGAUUACCUAUUCUCCAGAAUAAUAGCUCAAAUUUUCCCAGAUACGCUCAAAGAAUCGAUCGGUGUUGAGUUCCAUCUACUGCCAACAUUGGAACAAAAGAUGGAAAAAUUCAUGCAGUAUGUCGAAAAACAAGACAUAUACUCCAAGGAGUACUCGGAGAUAAUUGUCCAUGCCAUGUUCCGACGCAUUCGCAUGGCUGCCAAUUAUGACUUGGCAUCCAUUGAGAAACUGAAUACGCCAAUUGCACUUAUACGGCCAGCCGAAGUAUCAUUGCAGGACAUCGAUGAGGACUACUGUUUGCAGAGCAUCACCACUGAGAAGGUUGUCGUAAAGGUCAUCGAGGGUAAUCACACCACCAUGUUAGAUAAUCCAAUUCUAACAAAUUAUAUCAACGAAUUUGAUCCCUCUAUUGAAGAUGACAAAAAUUUCGAGGGCUAUAUUAGAGAUACGAAAUCUGUACGGGUUGUCUAA